AGAUGGGAGGGCUCUCUUGACUGGGGUGGUGUCAGUGUAUGUAUAAAAGCUCUCAGCUGAGGGGCAGAGUGCACAUUGGGAAAACAUUUUAAAGCGGCCAAAGGUGUUCGUUUUCUGCAGCCAGCAGCUCUCCGUUACAGCUACGCUCCUUUCCCGCCACCACACGACAGCAGCCAUGGCCGAGAGACAUAUUCCGUUUGCCCUGCUCCGCACCCCGAGCUGGGACCCAUUCCGCGACUGGCAGCAGAGCCGCAUCUUCGAUCAGACCUUCGGCAUGCCAGCACUGCACGAGGAUUUCCCCACAUUCCCAAGCACCCACUGGCCAGGGUACCUGAGGCACUCCAUGAUGACCCCGGACAUGGGCACCAUGAUGCCACACGCCCCCAUGAUGUACCCAGCCCCCCUGAUGGGGGCCCAUCAGGCUCGUGCCCUGACCCGCCAGAUGAGCACCGGCAUGUCGGAGAUCAAGCAGACCCAGGACAGCUGGAAGGUGUCCCUGGAUGUCAACCACUUCUCCCCCGAGGAGCUGGUGGUGAAGACCAAAAACGGCGUGGUGGAAAUCACUGGCAAGCAUGAAGAGAGGAAGGACGAGCACGGCUUUGUGUCCAGAACCUUUACCAGGAAAUACACCCUCCCCUCUUCAGCUGACGUUGAGAAGGUGGCCUCCUCCCUGUCCCCCGAGGGCGUGCUGACCGUGGAGGCUCCUUUGAUCCGACCAGCCAUCGAGUGCUCAGAGACCACAAUACCUGUUAACGUGGAAAGCAAGAGUGGCGUGGUGAAGAAGUAGGAAGAGCAGCAGGAUGGCAUCUCCCCCCCCCCCCCCCCCCCCCCCCCUCACAGAUACAAACUGCUUCUAGAAAGGUGAAGAAACGGCUUAGCGCUCCUCCUAAAGCAGCCUUGUUCUCAUGCAAGAGGGGUAAGCAAGGGAUUGCCUUUGCUCUUCACGCUCCCCUCUGCCUCUGGUAAUGAGCCAACCCCAGCCGGGUGCACUGUGUAAACACAUCUGCUCCUCCUGCCGUAAUUACACUCUUCAUCUGAAUGUAGGGGAUCUGGGCUUGGCACCGCUCAAAGCUUUGUCUCUGCCUCAUUUACGCACCUUUCUCAUUUCUAUGGAGUCCCGCUGCUUCAUGCGGCCUACACAGACACAUGUAAAGACACUCGAGCCGAUUGUAAAAGCAGUGAGCGUGUGAAUUAAAGUACCUAGUUCCCAGGAGAAAGAAUGAGCACUACCGUUUUCGAGGGCAUAAUAGGACUGUGGAAAUACAUUGCUUGUGUUGAUAUACUUAGCAGCGAAUAAAGUAGAAAAAACUUU